AUGUAUGAAGAGCCGAGCCAGCGUUCACAUCGUGGAAUGUUCUUCAGGUGUUCUGGUCUUAUCCUGUUCGGACCUGGUGCCGUUCGAUUUUUCACCGACGAAAUGGCAUGUCGGAAGAGAGAACCGGUGGUACAACAUAUCUAUCCUCCUUUAUUUCGUAUGACGGAAGGUGGACACCAGCCCGAGCCGUAUUGGUGUACACGUGUAUCAGAGUUACCAGAUGCGGCACCCCUCUCAUCAUCACAACGACUUUUUUCUGUAGACUUUCGCGAUGUGAAUGAUUUGCAUCGUUUUAUAAAUGGGGUAUCCGGUGUUCUUAAGAUCCGCACCACUUCUGACGGCACAAUUCAUGCAGUUUCAGUUCACUUUAAAGCGUUAAUUUGGGGAGAUCAAUACCUCGAUACAUCGGAGAGCACUUGCUGGGAGCAAGGCAUAUUUCCGUUGCCAUAUCCAAUGCGUGUGAAUCAAGGCGAGACUGUUAUCUUAAAUUGGAUGUUAAAGGGAACUAGAUUGGAUUUAGCCGUCGAUUCUUCUACUAAUUCUGAGCGUGAUUAUCGUACUAUGAACAACGACAUGCUAUUAUACGCGAUUACUCGCAUCAUACCAUCAGUUAGUAGGUACUCUUGGAAUUUGGACAUUGACCUUAGCGAAGAAGAAGCAAGUGUGGUUAGAAACCUACCUCAUUUCAUGGUUGAUUUGAAAGACAUUGAUGAAACACUAGAUGUAAACAUGGACGAAUCAAAGAGUCAAUGUGAUGCUAACCUCUGUAUUAUUGUGUGGCCAAUCAGAGCUGACGGAUCUGUUAGCGAGGUGUUUCUGAAUUCACUACAGUCUCUUCGUUCCAGAAAUGAUAUCCCGCCUUCACUGAAACAUUGUGGAUUUCUCACUGGUAUUUAUUUAAACUCUAUUGUAACUAGAUGUCAUGGAGACUAA